AUGGAGUCUUCUUCGAUCCCCACCGCUGGAAAUGCCACCACCGAGAAGCAAGCUGUGGUCGCACUCCUCCGUGCCAUGUAUACCGAGUCUCGCAACCAAUUCAACGAGAUUUACACCCAGUGCAACGAGCUUGAAGCCAUCUACAACCAUCUUAUCAUCCAGAACAUAGAGAUCAAGCACGAGCUCCAGUUCCGUGUGUCGGAGGCCAGCCACGACAUUGCUUCGGAGGACGCGUCCAUCUACAAGGCCUUGCUGGAGUCGACUCAGGAUCGAAUCAAAGCUCAACUUGAACAGAAGCAGAUCAUCAUUGAGAAGCGCGCGGCCCUUGUCAAGAAGAGCCCAGAGCUCGAGGCUACCGGCAUCUCCCAGUGGCUGGCCGAGCACGCCGGCUCGCCUGUCAACCCUGUUGAGAACGACAUUUCUAAGACAAAGACAUCUCUCGAUUUGCACCAGAGAGAGCUCAUCGAGCAACAGGCGAAGAAUGCGGUCAACAAGGCCAUCAUGAAGACGAUUCUUGGAAUGCUUGAGGUUUUCAGCAUGCGGGGACUUGGCUGGGAUGGAAAGGAAGAUGCCUCAGUCGGUGAAGAAGGUACAUUCGAAAACCCCGAUCCAGACAAAGAUUAG